AUGCCGGCCGACACCCUCUCACUCGCAGGAAAGACUGCAUUGGUUACAGGAUCUGGUCGAGAGAACGGCAUCGGAGCUGCCAUUGCCAGGGCUUUGGCCCGGAACGGCGCGUCUGUCGCCAUCCAUCAUGUAUCGGAGGCGUCCAAGGCUCGGGCGUCCAAGGUCGCCGCCGACAUCCACAAAGAGUUCGGCACCAAAACCACCGUCGUGCAAGGAGGGGUGGAAAAGUUCGAGACUGCUCAGAACAUGGUCGAGCAAAUCCUGAAAGACUUCGGCGUCGAUCACAUUGAUAUUCUCGUCAACAACGCAGCAGCUUCAUGCAACCUACCUCUUUUGGAGGUUGGACAGGACCAGCUCGAAUACGAAUUCGCCGUCAACGUCUUCGGUGUCAUUUACUUGACCCAAGCGGUGGUGGGCGUAGGUCGAAUGCCGCAAGGUGGCCGGAUCGUCAACAUCGGCUCCAUUGCCUCCAAAGUCUUGGUCCCUCCCCCGGUAUAUGGCGCCACGAAAGCCGCAGUGGAUGCCCUGACGACGCUCUGGGCUGGCGAGCUUGGCAAGAGCCAUGGAAUUACCGUCAAUACCCUCGCACCCGGUCCCGUUCCGACAGAUCUGUCGAAAGACAUACUAGUGGCCCCUGACGGGUCUCCCACUGCGCUUCAGAUUGCCAUGUACCAACAGACGCGAGCUGCGAAUCGCCUCGGGUCCCCGGAGGAUCUGGCUGAUGCUACGCUUCUGCUAGUAUCGGAAAAGAGCCGCUGGAUCACUGCACAGUUCAUCUCCGUCAGCGGCGGAAUUACCGGCACUAUGUAA